AUGAACCAGAUAAAGUGGCCUAAGCUUAAAAUUUUAACGCAGAUGGCACGUAUUGCUAAGAGUGGUAAGCAAAACCCCGUUAGAGAUUGGCCGCAAAACAGAAUAGGUAAACGUGAAAGACCAGAAGAUACAGCUAAUCUUAUCAAAAUUGGUGAAUCUUCACAUCCAGUUAAAAAUACUGAUUUAUUAGUCAUUAGAUUAAAUCAAGCUGUAGUUCCAUACUUCUCAGCUGGUAUCUAUGCAGGGGGUAGUCGACGUAUUGCUAGUGUUCAUGAAGUCUUUGGUAAAUUUAAUGAUGAUGUCUACUGCAGUAUUAGACUGGAGAAUGGCCAGUCGCCUAGUGAUUUUCCAGUUGGUUCUGAAUUUAGAGCUGAUAAGUUUAAGUGUUUGACUUUUGAUAGGGUUAAAGGUGCUGGACAAGUUUCUGGCGUAAGUGUUGGUACGAAUAAGAAUGUGCCUAAGCCUGAGAUUAAUAGACAACGUAGUUCUAAGUAUCGUACUAAUGUUCAGAAUGAGCGAAUUAGGAAGUAUGCUGAAGGAAAAGUACGUGAGAACAACCGAAUAGCCAGAACGCCAGAAGGUAAACGAGAUAACUACCGUAGAACAGUAGAGAAACGUGGGGCUUUUGUUCAAAUGAACAAGAGAGUUAAGUUCACUGAUUAA